ACGGCCCGGCGGCCUAGCAACGCGUGCUUUCCCCUCAGCAUGGCCGAGCCGGGCGGAAAGGCCCGCGGCGCUUCGUCGGCCGAGCUCGGCCAGGCGGUGUCGCGGCAGCUGCCCGGGCUGCAGGAAGAGUCGCGGUCGGCGCGGCUGCGGGCGCUGGGCGCGCUGCGGGCCUUGCUGGCGGAAGGGCCUCCGCCGGCGGUGCGCGAGGUCUUCGGGCCGGCGCUGCUCCGGCCGCUGACGCGCUGCCUGGCGGGCGACCCUGCCGAGCGGUGCCGCGAGCUGGCGCUGGAGCUGCUCCGGCUGGGCCUGGCCCAGGGCGCCCACCCGAGCGAGGCGCUGCCCGUGCUGAUGCCGGCGCUGGCCCAGCGGCUCGCUCUGCCCCAGGGCCCCAGCGAGGCCUGCGAGGAGCUCCUCGGCCUCCUGCAGCUGCUCACCGAGCUCCUCCGCCGCUGCGACCGGAGCGCCCUGGCGCCCUUCCUACCCGAGGCGGUGGGCGUCCUCCGGGCCGCCCUGCUGGACCCCUUCCCGCCCGCCAAGCGGGAGGGAUGCCAGGCGGCCUCCGCAGCCGCCGCCGCCCUGCCAGAUCAUUUUCACCUGCAGUCGGAAAGCUUGAUCAGUCCCUUAAUGCAGGCCAUUUCCCACCAGCACUAUAAGGUCCGCGUUGCUGUCAUUCAUGCCACAGGGUCUGUGAUCCAAUUCGGCAACGUCAAAUCGCUGGAUGAUGUGCUUUCUCACCUCGCCCAGCGAUGUUUUGAUGACAUCCCACAGGUCAGAGAGGCUGUUAUCAGCGUAGUUGGUGAAUGGCUGUUGCACCUGCGGGAUCGCUAUUCCUAUUUCCAUAAAUUGAUCCCUCUCUUACUCAGUGGCCUGACUGAUGAAAUGCAUGAGAAUAAGGAGCUGGCGUUAACCUACUGGAAGAAAGUGGGGUUGCAGUGGGAAAAAGAAAAUGAAGACGAUAUUAAGGAUAAACAGGAUUUUUAUUCUGAGCCUUCUUAUUAUCCACCAGGAUUAACUCGUCCAGAUCUGGGAUGUCGAGAGCUGGUAACCAGAAACAUCUUCAAAAUACUUCCCGGCCUCUGCCACGACAUCACCGACUGGGUCGCAGGCACCCGAGUAAAGGCAUCCCAGCUCCUGUUUAUAUUGUUACAGCACGCGGAGGACCAUAUCACGCAACACAUGGAACUCCUCCUGCGGACCUUGUACCGUGUGUGCUCCGAUGAAGAAAGCAGCGUGGUUAGCAACUGUUUGAAAGCAACCCAGCUGAUUGGCGCUUUUGUCAGCCCAGAUAUCUCGCUGAAAUUAAUCCUGUCCGAUCUUGAAAGGGCACCGAUGGCGUCUUACCUCGCUAUCCUGGCGGCGGUUAUCCGGGGAUCUCCCCGCAAAGUUUUACAACCUCACCUGGUGUCCCUUGGCAACGCGCUCUGCAACCCUGAGGUCAGCCAGCGGACUGAAGAGGUUUUUUACCUGGAGCAGCUGCUUUGCUGUGUGGAAAAUCUCGUUGAGCUGUGCCAGGAAGACUGCAAAGAAAUAAGCCUCCAGCUCACCAAGGUUUUGGUGACCAUCAUGGCAAUACCAACCGCUGGGCAUUUACAUGUAAAGUUGGAGGAAGCGAUGAGUGCCUUGGCUGAGGUCCAGCACUUUCGGGAUGCCACCGGCUUAUACAAGCAGCACAUAUCUCAGCUGAUGGAAUGGCUGUCCUCGACUCACCACGGCUGGAGCUCCUGCUCACCCGAACUCCUGCAGCUGGACGUAAUUGCUACUCAGUCAGGGCCUCUGAUUGCCGAAGUCCUGAAGGAUUUUAUUUCCAUUCUUAAAACCUGCCUUCACACUUCCAAGGACCCUCGGAUGCGCCUAAAGUUAUUUUCUAUUUUAUCCCAAUUGCUUCAGAGCCCAGGCGAGACGGUCAAUUCAAAAGGGCAGUUCGGUAACUACCUUGAGAUCGUGAUAAAAGACAUCCUGUCUCCUAAUCUCCAGUGGCAGGCAGGAAGAACAGCAGCUGCCAUCCGCACCACGGCUGUGGCUUGCCUCUGGGCGCUGAUUUACAGUGAGCUGCUCUCUCCAGAAGAGUUGCAAAAUGUCAAAGAUGCCCUGAUGCCUCCGAUCAUUGUGACGCUGGAAGAAGAUUCCAAAAUGACCCGUUUGAUAUCUUGCCAAAUUAUCAGGACUUUUUUAGACAGCUGCAGAAAACAGCCCGAACUCAGCAAAAUUUAUCCAGAACUCUUGAAGCGCUUGGAUGACGUCUCGCACGAUGUCCGUUUGGAAGCCGCUGCGGCCUUGACCAGUUGGUUCAGAUGUAUAAACGACCCAGAGACAAAAGCUCUUCUGAAAACCAACAUUGAGGUCCUCUACCAAGAGCUGUUAGUUCACCUGGAUGACCCCGACCAAAACAUCCAAUCGGCUGUUUUAGACACUUUGAAAGAAGGGGGCGUUCUUUAUCCAGACCUCUUGGCGAAGGAAAUCGAAGGAGUCGUACACAAACAUCGCACUCCAAUCUAUUGUGACCAGCUGCUUCUCCACCUUGAAUCAACGGGAUGGAGCUAUUCUGAGUCCUAAAUGCCUCGGUGGGCCUUAAUUAAUGGUGCCUUAAUUAAUUAAAAAUGGGAACCUUUCCAUUUGUUCCCCAGAAAAGGGGUACUUCAAUAAACAGAGACAUUUUAAGCUGGAAGAAG